UUUCGCCCUUGUCGCAGCCGAACCGCCGACUACGAGCUCCUGCACCGCGCACACGCCCCCCGCGCUUAGCUCUCGGCCUCGCCCGGCCACCGUCGCUCUCUAGAACGCCGCGCCCGUGACCCGGAAGAGCAUUCUCCUUAGCAACUGCGGGACUGCGGCGGCGCCGGCCUCCGGGGAGAAACGCGAAUGACAACAGAGCUGCUCAAGGUGGGAACUCUGAGCUGAGCAGUGGAGGUUUCUCUGGAUCUGGAGAGAAGAGUGACCUUGGAGCCAAUAAUGAGCCAUCCUGACUACAGAAUGAACCUCUGGCCCCUGGGGACCCCCAGAGGUGUGUCUGCUGUGGCUGGUCCACAUGACAUUGGUGCUUCGCCAGGUGACAAAAAGUCAAAGAACAAGUCCACACGAGGGAAGAAAAAGAGCAUAUUUGAAACUUACAUGUCCAAGGAGGAUGUUUCGGAAGGCUUGAAGAGAGGAACACUCAUCCAGGGUGUAUUGAGAAUUAAUCCAAAGAAGUUUCAUGAAGCCUUCAUUCCUUCCCCGGAUGGUGAUCGAGACAUUUUUAUUGAUGGGGUUGUUGCUCGUAAUAGAGCCUUAAAUGGGGAUCUGGUGGUCGUGAAACUGCUUCCCGAGGAGCAGUGGAAGGUAGUUAAACCAGAGAGCAAUGACAAAGAAACAGAAGCUGCGUAUGAAUCAGAUAUCCCUGAGGAGCUCUGUGGACACCAUCUCCCACAACAGUCCCUGAAAAGCUAUAAUGACAGUCCUGAUGUCAUUGUAGAGGCUCAGUUUGAUGGCAGUGACUCAGAAGAUGGACAUGGCAUCACACAAAAUGUGCUGGUUGAUGGUGUUAAGAAACUCUCAGUUUGUGUUUCUGAAAAAGGAAGAGAGGAUGGUGAUGCACCGGUUACAAAAGAUGAGACCACCUGCAUUUCACAAGACACAAGAGCUUUACCGGAAAAAUCCCUGCAAAGAUCAGCAAAGGUGGUUUACAUCUUGGAGAAAAAACAUUCUCGAGCAGCAACCGGCUUCCUCAAACUCUUGGCUGAUAAGAACAGCGAACUGUUUAGGAAAUACGCCCUGUUUUCUCCCUCAGACCACCGAGUGCCUAGAAUUUAUGUGCCUCUCAAGGACUGUCCCCAGGACUUUGUGGCACGGCCUAAAGAUUAUGCCAACACACUGUUCAUCUGCCGCAUUGUGGACUGGAAGGAGGACUGCAAUUUUGCCCUGGGGCAGCUGGCUAAGAGUCUUGGGCAGGCUGGUGAAAUUGAGCCUGAAACAGAAGGAAUACUAACAGAGUAUGGCGUGGAUUUCUCUGAUUUCUCUUCAGAAGUUCUAGAAUGUCUUCCUCAAGGCCUGCCAUGGACAAUUCCACCAGAGGAGUUCAGCAAGAGAAGGGAUUUAAGAAAAGACUGUAUCUUCACCAUUGACCCAUCAACCGCCCGAGACCUCGAUGAUGCCCUCUCCUGCAAGCCACUCGCUGAUGGCAACUUCGAAGUGGGAGUUCACAUUGCCGACGUGAGUUACUUUGUUCCAGAGGGAUCUGAUCUGGAUAAAGUGGCUGCUGAGAGGGCCACAAGCGUCUACUUGGUUCAAAAGGUGGUCCCCAUGCUUCCCAGGCUGCUGUGUGAGGAGCUGUGCAGCCUCAACCCCAUGUCUGACAAGCUGACCUUCUCUGUGAUCUGGACACUGACUCCAGAGGGCAAGAUCCUUGAUGAAUGGUUUGGCCGGACCGUCAUCCGCUCCUGCACCAAACUUAGCUAUGAGCAUGCACAGAGCAUGAUUGAAAGCCCAAAUGAGAAAAUCCCUGCGAAAGAGCUGCCCCCCAUUUCCCCAGAGCAUAGCAGCGAGGAGGUACACCAGGCCGUCCUGAAUCUCCACGGAAUUGCCAAGCAAUUACGCCAGCAGCGCUUUGUGGACGGCGCACUUCGUUUGGAUCAGCUAAAGCUUGCUUUCACUCUGGACCACGAGACCGGAUUGCCUCAAGGAUGUCAUAUCUAUGAGUACCGCGACAGCAACAAGCUCGUGGAGGAGUUCAUGCUCUUGGCCAACAUGGCAGUGGCCCACAAGAUCCACCGCGCCUUCCCCGAGCAGGCCCUGCUGCGCCGGCACCCCCCGCCCCAGACAAGGAUGCUCAAUGACCUGGUAGAAUUCUGCGACCAGAUGGGGCUGCCCGUGGACUUCAGCUCCGCAGGAGCCCUCAAUAAAAGCCUGACCCAAACAUUUGGAGAUGACAAGUACUCACUGGCCCGGAAGGAGGUGCUCACCAACAUGUGCUCCCGGCCCAUGCAGAUGGCACUGUACUUCUGCUCGGGGCUGCUGCGGGACCCGGCGCAGUUCCGGCACUACGCGCUCAACGUGCCCCUGUACACACACUUCACCUCGCCCAUCCGCCGCUUCGCCGACGUCCUGGUGCACCGCCUCCUGGCUGCCGCGCUAGGCUAUAGGGAGCGACUAGACAUGGCGCCCGAUACCCUGCAGAAACAGGCGGACCACUGCAACGACCGCCGCAUGGCGUCCAAGCGCGUGCAGGAGCUCAGUACCAGUCUCUUCUUUGCCGUUCUGGUCAAGGAGAGUGGCCCCCUGGAGUCGGAAGCCAUGGUGAUGGGCGUCCUGAACCAAGCCUUCGACGUGCUGGUGCUGCGCUACGGCGUGCAGAAGCGCAUCUACUGCAACGCACUGGCCCUGCGGUCCCACCACUUCCAGAAGGUGGGCAAGAAGCCGGAGCUCACGCUGUUCUGGGAGCCUGAGGACAUGGAGCAGGAGCCCGCACAGCAGGUCAUCACCAUCUUCAGCCUGGUGGAGGUGGUCCUGCAGGCAGAGUCCACAGCCCUCAAGUACAGCGCCAUCCUGAAGCGGCCAGGCACCCAGGGCCACCUGGGCCCUGAGAAGGAGGAGGAGGAGGAGGAGGAGGAGGAGUCUGAUGGUGAGCCUGAGAACUCAAGCACCAGCUGAGAUCCGCCAGCCGCCUGCCCCACCUGCCUGUCCCGCCACACUGGCUUUAGGAAUAGGACCUGUUGACACGGAGGGGGAUUUUUAAUUUGGUUUUUAACAACUCAGGGGUUUGUUUUUAUUUUUAUUUAAUUUUUGCAGCUCAACUUUUAAACAAACUGCAGGGGAGAGGGUGGGGCUGGAAGGAUGGCUGAGGCCUGGUCAGCAGUGACCCCAGCAGAGCAGGCCCCAGUCCUCCUGGGAGGCCGGCCCCCCUUUUUUCUGGGCCCUACUGCCCUCCUCUGCCCAGGAAAUGGGGGGUUUCAGCAAAUCAGUGUCACAGAAUAAAAUCAAAUGUGGAGUGCCA